GCACGUGGCUGGAUUCGUGGACCGCUGGACGGAGCUACCGGCUUGCGCUUCACCCAUCGCGUCGUCCUCUCCGUACCUCGCCGCCGAUGGCGCUGCUCCGCCUCCACCUGCUCCGGCCGCCGCCUGCUCCGCUCGCCGCCUUCUCCUCCCCCUGGCGCCGCGCCCUCCCAACCACCAGACCCGCUGCACCCGCCUCCCGCCUCCUCUGCUCCAACCACCCCGCCGCCCCCUCCUCCCCCUCGCCCUCCAUCGUCGGCGGCCUGCUUGACUACCUCAACGAGUCGUGGACGCAGUUCCACGCCACCGCCGAGGCCAAGAGGCAGCUGCUCGCGGCGGGGUUCGAGCUGCUCAGCGAGAACGACGACUGGAACCUGCAGCCAGGUGGCCGCUACUUCUUCACGCGCAACAUGUCCUGCCUGGUCGCCUUUGCAGUCGGGGAAAAGUACAGAGUUGGUAAUGGUUUCAAUAUAAUUGCAGCCCACACUGAUAGUCCAUGCCUCAAGCUGAAACCGAGAUCUGCUUCCAUCAAAUCCGGCCAUCAAAUGGUAGGUGUACAGACAUAUGGAGGUGGGUUGUGGCACACAUGGUUUGAUAGAGAUCUAACUUUGGCUGGGCGAGUCAUCCUCAAGGCUCCAGAUGGUUCAUUUAAGCAUAAGCUUGUCAAAGUGAACAGACCACUCAUUCGCGUACCAACACUGGCUAUACAUCUCGACCGCACAGUGAAUUCUGAAGGAUUCAAGCCUAAUCUAGAGAGUCAUCUGGCUCCACUUCUUGCAACAAAAUGUGAAGAGACCACUGUCAAUUUUGAUGACAAAAAAGGUUCAAGUUCCACAAAGACUGUCCAUCAUCCACUACUAUUGCAAGUUCUUUCAGAAGAAAUCGGUUGUGGAUCAGAUGAAAUUAUUGGUAUGGAGUUGAACGUGUGUGAUACCCAACCUAGCUGCCUUGGUGGGGGGAAGAAUGAGUUCAUUUAUUCUGGUAGAUUGGAUAAUCUCGCUUCAUGUUACUGUGCCCUUAAAUCCCUCAUGGACUCUUCCAAGAUGCCAGAAGAUUUGUCCAACGAGAAGGGUAUAAGAAUGAUUGCUCUGUUUGAUAACGAAGAGGUUGGUUCAAAUUCGAUGCAAGGGGCAGGUGCACCAACCAUAUUCCAGGCCAUGAGACGAAUUGUUGACUCCUUGAUGCAUCAGUCCAUGGGGGAGGGGGCUUUAGAGCGUGCACUAACUUCUUCUUUCCUUGUUUCCGCAGAUAUGGCUCAUGCCCUGCACCCAAACUAUCCAGACAAGCAUGAAGAGUACCACAGACCAGAACUACAAAAAGGACUUGUUAUCAAGCAUAAUGCUAACCAGCGUUAUGCCACAAGUGCUGUAACAGCUUUUCUCUUCAAAGAAAUAGCUCGAAUUCAUAACCUUCCCGUCCAGGAAUUUGUUGUAAGGAAUGAUAUGGGUUGUGGCUCAACUAUCGGUCCCAUACUUGCUUCUGGUGUUGGCAUACGGACUGUUGAUUGUGGUAUUCCUCAGCUUUCCAUGCACAGCGUUCGGGAAAUGUGUGGCAAAGAAGACAUAGACACGACAUACAAGCACUUCAAAGCUUUCUUCGAGAUGUUCUCGGACAUUGACCAGAAACUGAAUGUAGAUUUUUAGGUCUUGACAUCUGAAUGUGCAGUCUCUUAAUAAUGUAUGGAUAUUCAGCUCGGCCUCUGAAUAAUGUCUUGAUCAUAGUAUCAGUUUUUGUUGCAUAUCCAAUCUGGUUUAAGACAAGAGCACUGGCUUUGAAAAUCAUUUCCCAAGCAAUAAUACAAAUUAACACAAUUUCCUUGA